AAUUCUCCAAAACGAAUUAUGAGAAAGAGCUACAACAACAAUUUGCACGAAAGAUGAGAGAAAUAGAAUUAUCGUUGAAUCAAACCCAAAAGAUUCGACUACAAAGAGCCUUAGAUAGGCUCCAAUCUCUCUCUUCCAAAUCCACUUCUAAUUCUUCCGUCACGGUCGCCGACACCAUCCCUGUCAACGAUGAAGAUGGCAUCCUCAAGGGGCAUGGAACAUUAGAGGUCGACAGCGAAGUGGUCGCGACUGUGUGCGGCGUUGUCGAAAGAGUUAACAAGCUCAUCUAUGUUCGUUCUUUGCGAUCCAGGUACAAGCCUGAAACAGGAGAUAUUGUGGUUGGACGAGUUGUUGAGGUUGCUCAAAAGCGGUGGAGAAUUGAGAUAAAUUCAAACCAAGAUGCGGUUCUAAUGCUUUCUUCUGUGACUUUGCCUGAUGGCAUCCAGAGGCGGCGUACACCAAUUGAUGAACUCAACAUGCGUAAUAUCUUUGUAGAGAAUGAUGUCAUUUCUGCUGAGGUUCGAAAUGGUCAACAUGACGGUAUUUGGCAGCUACAUGCAAGGAGUAACAAGUAUGGCAAGCUUGACAGGGGCCAAUUGAUCGCUGUCCCUACAUACUUGGUGAAAAGACGCAAGCAACACUUCCACCAGUUGGAUAAAUACGGGGUUCUGUUAAUACUUGGAUGUAAUGGUUAUGUCUGGGUUGGUGAACUCACUGAAGCAAAAGAUAGUAUGGAAGUGGAUGAUGUGAAUGAAUCUGAGAAAAGCAAUGCAAAAUCCAGCGAUCAAACGAAACUUGAAGAAAAUUACACUGCCUUGGAAACAAGGGAAAACAUUUGCAGGAUUGCGAAUGCUGUGCGAGUCUUGUCCAUUCUAGGUUUUAGUAUAACUGUUGAAGUUAUACUGGAGAUGUGUGAAUUGAGUAUCUUAUUGAAUCUUGACAUCCAUGAUAUGCUUGGAGCUGAGUUCUGUGUUACAGUUGCUGAGAAAGAGGCUGUCAGACGGAGUUUGUAAAUAAGAGGAAGGGUUGAUUAUAGUUUCGCGAAAAUGCCUGUCAAGGUAGUUUAACAGAAGCCCCAAUUAUGGUUAGAACAACGUCCUUUUUUGAACUUUUUUAUUGAGCAAGGGUGAACCGUGAAUGUAAUAGAGACAUUCAUCAUAGACUAAACUUUUUUAAACCAUGAAUAUGUUUUAUCUUAAAAUCAAUCAUUUAGGGCUCAUCGGUAUCAGUUUCAGUUUUCAAACCUGUUAGAUUUUUAAACCGACAAAACAUGAUAUUCGUUUUCGA